CUUUUAUAAAAGUUGUCGAUAAAAUGUAAACUCCUCUUCCUUCUUCUUCUUUAUCUUCUUCCUCGUCCAAACCCUAAUUCAUGUUCUUCUGAAUCGAUUUCGAGUUCAAUCAAUCAUCAAUUCACCAUCGUCAUUCGAUUCAAUGCCAUCUAUUUCUUCCCCAUCAGAAUCUGUACCCACUCACAAACCAGCCAUGCCCCAAUCCAAUGGAUCGAUCCUCACCAGAUCAGUGUGGUCCUCCAACCUCGAAUCCGAAUUCCAAUUGAUCCGAUCCUUGAUUGAUGCUUACCCUCUCAUCUCCAUGGACACCGAGUUCCCCGGCGUCAUCGUCCGCCCCGACACCGCCGACCCCUCCUUCCACCACCGCCAUCCGCCGGCUGCUGCUCUCUACACCGCCCUCAAAGCAAACGUCGACCGCUUGAAUCUCAUUCAGAUUGGGCUAACUCUCUCCGACCACAAGGGCAAACUUCCCACACUAGGAACCCCCAAUUCCUACAUCUGGGAGUUCAAUUUCCGGGACUUUGAUGUCGCGCGCGAUGACCACGCCCCCGACUCAGUCGAGUUGCUGCGGCGUCAGGGUAUUGACUUCGAGAGGAACCGCGAGUUCGGGAUCGACUCAUUUCGUUUUGCUGAGUUGAUGAUGUCUUCGGGGCUUGUUUGCGAUGAUGCAGUGAGCUGGGUUACUUUUCACAGUGCUUAUGAUUUUGGGUACCUUGUGAAGUUGCUGACGCAGCGUGCUUUGCCGGAGGAGUUGAUGGAGUUUCUUCGGCUCGUGAGGGUGUUCUUUGGUGACAGGGUUUUUGAUGUGAAGCAUCUCAUGAGGUUCUGCUCCAACCUGCACGGUGGGCUUGACCGGGUUUGCCAUUCGCUCAAGGUGGAACGUGUGAUAGGGAAAAGUCACCAGGCUGGUUCAGAUAGUUUGCUUACUUUGCAUGCUUUUCAGAAUAUCAGGGAAGUUUACUUUGGCAAAGCAGAUGGGCUAGUCAAGUAUGCUGGUGUCUUGUAUGGUUUAGAGGUUUUCUGAAUUUUCUUAUGGAAUUGAAUCAAAUAUCAGUUGCAUUGGAUUUUUUUCUCUUCUUUUCAAAUAGUGUACUUGUUAGUUCUUUGCCUUUAAUCAAUGGUUCUGGGUCUGAUCUUCAUGAAUGUGUUGUAGGACUAGGAUGCAACAGUGCGGUUAUUCUUUAAGGAUGUGUUAAUAUAUGGGGUUGAAACUGUUAUUGUUUAGUUUAGGUAGUGUUUCACUGGCUUAUGUUAUGAAGGGAGGGUCAUUUUGUGUCUCCCCACCUAUUCAAUAUUCUGUGACUGUGAUUUAAUGUUAACCAGAGAGGCUGAAACCAUUAUCAUAAUGUUGUAGUUGCACCUUAUUUCAUAUGGAUUGAUUCAGCUUUAAUCUAUUCUUAUGACUUCUACCA